GAGGAGGAGGAGGCGGGCACAUACCUGAUACAAAAUGAGUGUCCCUGACUAUAUGCAGUGUGCAGAGGACCAUCAGACUCUGCUAGUUGUAGUCCAACCAGUUGGAAUUGUUCCUGAAGAGAGCUUUUUUAAGAUCUACAAACGGAUCUCGACAGUGAGUCAGAUCAAUGUCCGUGACUCUCAGCGUGUGCUUUACAUCCGAUACAGACAUCAUUAUCCUCCAGAGAACAAUGAAUGGGGGGAUUUUCAGACACACCGUAAAGUUGUGGGGCUCAUAACCAUCACAGACUGUUCCUCUGGAAAGGACUGGCCUCAGACCUUUGAAAAAUUCCACCUACAGAAGGAAAUAUAUGGCUCCACACUUUAUGAUUCCCGUCUGUUUGUCUUCGGGCUUCAGGGAGAAAUUGCAGAGCAGCCUCGUACAGAUGUGGCAUUCUAUCCUAGUUAUGAUGAAUGUGAAAAUGUGGAAAAGAGAAUUGAGGACUUCAUUGAGUCUCUCUUCAUUGUGUUAGAAUCCAAACGUCUUGACAGAGCUACAGAUAAAUCAGGAGAUAAGAUUCCCCUUUUGUGUGUUCCUUUCGAAAAGAAGGAUUUUGUAGGCCUGGAUACAGAUAGUAGUGUGUUUUUGGGUCUCAAAAGACAUUAUAAGAAGCGUUGCCAGGGUCGUAUGCGAAAGCAUGUUGGUGACCUAUGUCUCCAGGCUGGAAUGCUGCAGGACUCUCUUGUGCAUUAUCACAUGGCUGUGGAGCUCCUCCGUUCUGUAAAUGAUUUUUUGUGGCUUGGAGCUGCUCUUGAAGGAUUAUGUUCAGCUUCUGUUAUCUAUCACUAUCCUGGAGGGACAGGAGGUAAAGUGGGUGCGCGCAGAGCACAAGGCAGCUCAGCUCCGACAGAGGCAGCUAAUAGGCACAGACCAGGGGCACAAGAAGUUCUUAUCGAUCCAGGAGCCCUCACUUCAAACGGAAUUAAUGCAGAUACCAGUACUGAAAUAGGGCGGGCUAAGAACUGUCUUAGCCCUGAAGAUAUUAUUGAGAAAUACAAAGAGGCCAUUUCCUACUAUAGCAAGUACAAGAACGCUGGUGUGAUUGAGUUGGAAGCCUGUGUGAAGGCAGUGAGAGUGCUGGCAAUCCAGAAAAGAAGCAUGGAAGCUUCUGAAUUCCUUCAGAAUGCUGUUUAUAUUAACCUUCGUCAGCUUUCUGAAGAAGAAAAGAUUCAGCGUUACAGUAUUCUUUCUGAGCUGUAUGAGCGUAUUGGAUUUCAUCGCAAAUCUGCUUUUUUCAAGCGUGUGGCCGCAAUGCAAUGUGUGGCACCCAGCAUAACUGAGCCUGGCUGGAGAGCUUGCUAUAAACUCCUUCUGGAGACUCUUCCUGGUUACAGUCUAUCUUUGGACCCUAAAGAUUUCAGCAAAGGAACCCAUCGCGGUUGGGCUGCUGUACAGAUGCGUCUGCUUCAUGAAUUAGUGUAUGCCUCUAGAAGAAUGGGAAACCCAGCACUUUCUGUUCGACACUUAUCCUUUCUCUUGCAAACAAUGUUGGAUUUUCUUUCAGAUCAAGAAAAGAAAGAUGUGACACAGAGUCUAGAAAAUUACACAUCAAAAUGCCCCGGAACAAUGGAAUUCAUCACGCUUCCAGAUGGUUUAAAGCUUCCCCCAGUUCCUUUCACAAAACUUCCCAUUGUAAGAUCUGUCAAGCUCUUAAACCUUCCAGUUAGCCUUCGGCCACAAAAAAUGAAAAGCCUGCUGGGCCAGAAUAUGUCAACUAAAAGUCCUUUUAUAUAUUCUCCAAUCAUUGCUCACAACCGUGGAGAGGAAAGAAGUAAAAAAAUAGAUUUUCAGUGGGUCCAGGGAGAUGUUUGUGAGGUUCAGCUGAUGGUGUACAAUCCAAUGCCAUUUGAACUUCGGGUAGAAAAUAUGGGCCUUCUGACAAGUGGAGUGGAGUUUGAAUCCCUUCCUGCAGCUCUCUCUUUACCAGCCGAAUCUGGUCUCUAUCCGGUUACACUUGUUGGUGUUCCUCAGUCUGCAGGACAGAUCACCAUUAAUGGCUAUCACACUUCAGUCUUUGGAGUCUUCAGUGAUUGCCUUCUGGAUAAAUUACCAGGAAUAAAGACAAAUGGUUGUACAGUGGAAGUAAUUCCGGCUUUACCUAGAUUACAGAUCAGUACUUCAUUGCCAAGGUCUGCUCACACAUUACAGCCUUCCUCGGGAGACGAAAUUACCACCAGUGUGUCUGUUCAACUUUAUAAUGGUGAGACACAGCAGCUUAUCAUUAAACUGGAAAAUAUUGGGACUGAGCCUUUGGAGAAGCUGGAGGUUACUUCAAAGAUGAUCAACACAAAAGGAAAGCUCUUUGGUGACUUUCUGACCUGGAAUCUAGAAGACACGCUCUCGCAAUUUCCCCUGAAACCUGGGAGCACUGCUACAUUCAUUGUUUACAUUAAAGUAAAGCUUGAUUUCUCCUGCCAGGAAAACCUCCUGCAAGAUCUUAAUGAUGAUGGAAUUAGCGUGAGUGGUCUUCCACUUUCCAGUCCGUUUCGACAAGUGAUAAAGCCCAGGGUAGAAACUAAGCCUAUCAACCCUUCAGAAGCAAGUAAAGUUGGUGACUUCAGUCAUGUCAAGACAUUGGAAGCCAUCUUGAAUUUCAAAUACUCAGGAGGUCCAGGACAUAUUGAUGGAUAUUACAGAAACUUGUCUCUGGGGCUCCAUGUGGAGGUGGAACCAUCUGUCUUCUUCACUCGUGUUAGUACCCUCCCUGCAACAAGUACCCGCCAGUGCUACCUCCUCCUUGAUGUCUUCAACUCCACAGAACAUGAGCUCACGAUUAGUGCACGGAACAAUGAAGAUCUGGUUUUGCAUGCUGGAGAAUGCCAGCGGAUGGCUAUCCAAGUUGACAAGUUCAACUUUGAAAACUAUCCGGACUCCCCUGGGGAAAACACACAAUUUGCAAACCCAAAGCAGCUGGAAGAAGAGAGACAACAAGCAAAAGGUCUGGAGAUCAACAGCAAGUUAGACAUUCUCUGGAAAAUUCCCUCUUUGAAGCGUGAAGGUGAAGCACGGGUGGAAGGCGUUCUCAGUCAGCUUGUCCUGGAGCACCUGCAGUUGGCUCCUCUCCAGUGGGACGUUUUGGUGGAAGGAAAGCUGUGUGACUGCGACAUUGUCACGGAUUGCACCGUUGGAGACCCUGUGAAACUGGAAGUGAAGCUAACAAACUGGAGCCCACAGAGCGUUGGCCCAUUCUCUCUCACUGUGAUCCCAUAUCAAGAUUACCAAAAUGGGGUCCACAAUUAUGAUCUCCAAGAUGGCAUCACUUUUGUUGGAUCCAACACUUUCUAUAUUGAUACGGUUAAGCCCACAGAAAACUCGGUGUGCAUUGGAGCCCUUCUUUUCCUCUAUACGGGUGAUUUCUACUUGAAUAUCAAAUUCCACGAAGACAACUCCUGCAGAGAGCUUCCCCUCUCGUGGUUCUGCCUGCCCAGCAUCCACAUCCGUGCUGUGAAGCCUGUGAUCCAGACUAAGUUGUAAUCGUAGCAUGAAACAUUGCAUUAGCUACUAUGCUCUCUCAGGCUGAGCAUCUCCUCCUCUCUCCCCAAGUCUGUUACUGAGGUUUCUAAUGGUUUUCAAAUACUUUCCACAGUUGGUUGAUAGUAACUGGAGAGCUGCUUUUUCUUCUUUGAAGGGCUGUGGUUUGCAUACACCAAGGAACUGGAUUUUUUUGAAUUUUGAAACUGUUUACUAUGUAACAUUCCUCUUUUUCCUUCCCCACGAUACAUGCUGAGUGGGAUUUAGCCAUCAACUGUUCAGGCUUCAGAUUGUAUAUUUGCUAGCACGUCAAUGCUUGUGUAGUUUGAGUAUCACCACUAAUUUAUUUCCUAUAUAAUAUGAUCGAAUAGGGAAGAAAUUCUAAAUCGCAUUCCUUUUAUUUUCUCUUCAAUGUCUUUCACGUCUCUAGCAAUUGCAGACUCAGAAUUUCAGUCCCUUCAUCUCGACAUCUGUCUCCUCAGGGUCACCUUUGGGUUUUAUAUUUAGCUUUCGCCAUGUGUUUAUUUAUUUCGCUGGCCCAGAUUUAAUGUGGACGCGGCAACGCCGUAAUUUGAUUGCGCCACUGAGAUGUCAGGCUCCAGUUUCUUUCUCUGGUGAUGUUCUCGAAGAUACGUCCAAGAGAGAUUGCAGCCCCUGACAGAGCAGAGCGUUGUCGACUUGCCAGCUGGACGUUCAGUCCAAGUUUACAAAAACGUUUGGUCGAGGUUCAAGAUAAGCUCCUGUGUGGCUGCAUAUCUUGGAACUUGAAACUCAUCAGAAAGGGUCUAUGUAUCGUGCAUAGUAAGGAAUCUCUGGCCCUGGUGCAUUGCCAAGGAGAAACUCAGAAACGAGUCUUAAGUAUGGGAAUGUUCUCCUCCUCCUGAAUCGGUAUCUCAGGACUCAACGGGUUUGAAACGCAGAGAAGUUUGGGUAAAAGCUGCACAUCUCAGUUUACUUUAGUCAGCACUGCUUUAUGUUUUGCUGGAAAAAAUUACACUAGUUAAAGUACAUGUGGGAUCACCACCUGUUUAACAUGCUACGCGCAACAUUCUCUAAUAGCUAAACACUGAUUGGGUUUUUGUUGCUUCGCAGUCAGAGACUAACCUUGAUAUUUUCUUUGUAAUCAGAAUGAUACUACGCCUGGUGUAAUAUAUUAUACACUUCAUGGUCUUGUCAUCCUACUAGCAAUUUAAAAAAAGCACUUUGAGUGUUGACACAAUUCUUUAAAAUUUUGUUGACAGAAAAGCAUGCACCAAUCCAGCCAUUUCUGCAUUUUCCUUGAUUUUCAGAAGUCACAUUCUUUGGAAAGCCAUCCUUCAUGGGGCUUUCGUUAGGAAUCUGUAAACAGUGUCACAUUAGUGUCACAUUUGGGCUCGAAUUAAUUGAAAAGAGGGACAUCACAGGUGUGGAAUGGCAGUAUAGCAAGGGCAUCUAUUUUAAGGGUAGGGAAAUAGUUAAAGAUGCCAGUCACGGGACGAACAGCUUUCUCCCUAGGCAGCUUUAAGAUGAUUUUCUUAGUACAAUAUUUGCACAUCGUAAAUCUUCUCCUGACAUUAAUGGACAACCCUUGGAGGUCAAGGAAAAGAAAUCUGGAUUAGGCUGUAAGGAAUUCUCGUCUUCCCUCCUUCCUUCUUUUUUGCAAAGGGUGAUUUCCCCCACUCUUUUGGGUCUUUACAAGCAGUGGGAAUAACCCUCUCCUUCCUUGACAUUGUCCAUGGAUGGAUUCUGGGCUAAAGGAAAGGCCACAUUUAAAAGCACUUCCCUGGAAAUGGCAUUUCUGUUUCAGUUUGCAAGUAUCAACAUUUCUUUUUGGUCAGGGUUUAAACUAAUUCUGCACUCUUGACUUGGAAUGUGUCCACAUUGUAGAAUGAAUGCAGUUUGACACCACUUUAACUUCCAUGGUUCAGUGAUAUGAAAUCAUGGGAGUUGUAGUUUGGGGAAGCGCCAAGCUAAAGAUAAAGACCUUUUGCAAAACUACAGCUCCUAUGACUUCAUUGCAUUGAGCCUUGGCAGUUAGAGCGAUGUCAAACUGCAUUAAUUUGUCAGUGCAGAUGCAUCCCCGGUGUAGAAGUAUGCAGAAUUAUUUUCACCUGUUUCACCAUUUAUUCCUAGGUUUCCAAAAAUGGAGAUUACAUUUGAAAUAUGUAUUUUUACUUUUUGAAAGCCACUGUGCUAUUCUCAUCUCAAAUCUUUUCGAAUGUGCAUCAUUCAUGCUUCUCUUGAGCACUAAUUAAAUAGCUGGAGAAUCCGGUUAGCGUUUUCUGAAGCCUUUUGCCAAACAUUUAAUGGCGAGCUUACUCUUACACUGAAGAUAAUGCAGAUUGUAUAUUACCUACUCAUUCUGGUCACGUGUCCUAAUAACCUGAAUAAAAUUUCCAAAACAUGGGCAAA